CUCUUAUCUAUGAAACUCCGCGCUCUUGAAGUCGUGUUGUGUGUUUACAUUUGUUGUUAAGUUCAAAUUCGAAUAAUGUGUUACAAUUUUCUUGGGAUUUAUGUACUCGUAAUAGUUUAUAAAAUACGAAUGUAACCUCAAGCGUUCUAUUCAUUUUACGAAACUUCUACACAUAAAUAAAUAUCACUUACGAUAAUUUGAAUUCAAGACUGCAGAUAUGAUGUAGUUCUAUUGAUUGCAAAAAAAUUUAGUUAAGAAAUAUGUAUAUACAUGCCAAAGAUGCAUGCAAUAUCAAAAAACUCAAGUAUUAAAAUAAAUGGUAAAAUACAAUUUAGUUAGUUUUGAAAUUGUAUCUUGGCCAGAAAGAGGUCUAUACGAAUUUGUAUUUUCUAACUCAGCACGUGCUCAAAAAUCUAAAAAUCAUGCAAUCUAAAGAAGCUGUCACGUGUGACAUUUGUUUUGUAUUAAAUGGUGAUAGUCCUGCAGAAUCAACUGAAAACUUAAAAGAUGCAUUUGAUGCUGUGGAUUCUCAUCAGAUGGAACCAAAUUGGCUGCCUGCAAAAGAAUGUUUAAAAUUCGCUUCAAAAGAAACCAAAUUAUUUGUUAUGGACCCAUUCGAAGGUGAAGUAUUCGAACAUUUGAAAUCCAUUCGCUGCCGUGUACUUGGACCUCUCUGCAUUCUUUACUGUCUUCAGUAUGGUGAUGUUCUGCCUAAACGUCCAUAUCCUGUUUAUAGCGUAUCUAUGAGAAAAAUUACUGUAUCCUGUUCAAACAUGGAUAAUGCUCGUAGAGAAGAUAUUUUCCGGAAGGUGGAAUUGAUGGGUGGAUUAUACAGCAAGGAUUUCACCAAAAGUGUUACCCAUUUAAUUGUUGGUGAAGUUGGGUCCAAAAAAUACCAAGUUGCUGCUGCAAAUUUUGGUUUACCAAUCAUGAUACCUGAGUGGGUAGAUGAUGUCUGGUCAGAUGGUCAAUAUAAACGAAUUCAUGCUUCUGAUAGUUGCUAUGAUAAGUACAAAUGUCCAGUUUUCAAAGGCUUAAAGAUUACUGUUUCACAAUUAAGUAUGGAAGAAAGAAAUGCCAUUCAAUCCAUCAUUGAGACACACGGGGGUACGUAUUUACCUCCAUUGAAAGCUCAUGAAACUACUCAUCUUGUUCUAAGCGAGCCUAGUGGCCAGAAAUACCAAUACGCUAAAACUUGGAAAAUUUAUUGUGUAAAUGUGAAUUGGAUUUAUGAAAGUGUUAAAGCAGGUUACUGUAAAGAUGAAAAUCUUUAUAAAAUUGAAAAUUGUAGCAGGACAGCACAACCAAAACGUUCAACCCCUAAUAGGGAUUUAACCUUUGAAAUGCCUCCUGUAGAAUGUAGUGUUAUAAACAAUGUUUCAAUUGUUUCCCACUUAGAUGAAACUCUCAGAAGUGAUGUAUCUGUUGCUAUCGUCAGUAAAAAACAACUAAAAAACUCUGUCUUAGAAAAAUUUGAUUUAGCAACUUUGCCAAGAAAUGGUCAAUUUCUUGAUGGUUGCAAAAUCUUUCUUUAUGGUUUCAACCCUUCUCAUCUAGAAAAAUUAAAGAAAAUAGUCAAUGCUGGUGCUGGAAUGAGAUUUAAUAAAUACACUGAUAGUGUUACUCAUAUUGUAUGUGAUGAGCUCUCAGAUGAUGUUAUGAACAUAGUUAAAUCUAGCUCUACAAAGCCAUUUAUUCUGAAUUCUAAAUGGCUAAUGGAAUGUUGCACCAAAGAGCAACUAGUCGAUGAAAAACCAUUUCUUUUCAUGGAUUCAGCUAUGCUUAGUCCUGAAAAAGAGGAAUCUAAAAGCAAAGCUGCCUCAUCAAAUAGCAGCUACAGUUCCCUGCAAAUUGCAGCUCCUGUUCCCGAUAAUAUAACUGAAAUUUUUAACCAGUAUAUGCCUAAUAAAUCUCAAAAUCAGGAUUCAAUCGUGGAAAGAAAAUCUGAUAAAAUCAGUGAUAAUUCAAAAUCUAAGCCAAAUAUUUGUAAUGCUGACCCAUCCACAUCUGAUCCUCAAUAUGAUGUUCCUGAAGUGAUUGACCUUGCAGAUGAAGGUCCCACUCCAAGCGUAGCUGCAUUAUUUUCUGGGCUUAAAUUUGUUGUGGCUGGAUUUGAGGAAAAAGAUUCUGAUAUUCUUUGUAGAAUGAUAGAAAGUCAUUCUGGAGUGGUUCUCUCUCCACAUAGCUCUAUUGUUGCUGAUAUUGCCAUAGUUCCUAUUAUUAAGCACGAGUAUGAGCUGCAAGCUUCAAACAUAAUUACGAACUGUUGGCUUCAAAAAUGCCUUGAAGACAGCAGAAUUUACGAUUUUGAAGAAAAUGAAUUAUUUUCCCCAGUAGCGAUACACGCAGGCCAAAAACCAUUUGUAUCGUAUGUAAUAUCUGUUAGUCAGUAUACUGGAACUGAGAGGGACUGCUUAAUGCACUUAGCUGAAGUAAUGGGAGCAACUUGUCAGGAAUAUUUUGUUAGAAAAGCUAAUAAGUCUAGAGGAAUUUUGUCAAACACUCAUUUAAUUGUUGCAACUCCCGAAGGCAACAAGUAUGAAGCUGCUAAAAAAUGGAAAAUACCCGCUGUUAGUAAACAAUGGGUUCUAGAUGCUGCAAAACUAGGAGUUGCUCCACCUGUGCACAGCUAUUUAAUUGAUGUUUGUGUUAAGAAAUGUGUUGUUCGUGAAGAUAAUCCUGCUGAAAAUACGUCAAAUUCUCAGAUUAAUAAAAGAAGUCUUGCUAAAACAUUUUCCAAUGAGUUUCAAAAGAAUUUAUUGGAACCUCAAGAGCCAUUACCUGAGCUAUCUACAAAUGCCGUGCCUGCAGGGGUUGAAUUUUCACCUGCUUUAUCAAAAACUUCGAUACCAAAGCUCAGAUUACAAAAAAGUGAUCUGGAAUUACAAGAGCCAUUACCUGGGCCAUCUACAAACAAUAUUCAAGCCGAGGUUAAAAUGUCUCCUGUUUUAUCAAAAGCAAUUGAAAGAGUCUCAACACCUAUGCUGCCGAAAACAGUUAAUAAAAUUUUAUCCCCUCAUUUCUCUAAAUCAGAAAAUUCUAUCAAUGAGAGCUAUGAAAGUUUAGAUUUAAACAGAUCUUAUAAAUAUAAGUUUCGGAUUAGUGGUUUACUAAAUGAAUUAGAUUCGAGCACCCCUGCCAAUGAUCGCAGUAUGAGGAGGCGUAGCCUUGCAGUGGAAGAUAUUUUUGGAAAAAAUCUGGCAUCUGCAAUGAAAGGCUUGAAUUGUACAAUGGGUUCUGAAUCUGAGUAUAGUAACAUUGAUUGUGAACAGAUUGUAAAUGAACAAAAGCUCAUAAAGAGUGAAAAUAAAAUUUUUAAAGAUGUUGUUUUAUGUGUUUCUAAAAAACUAAAUAAUUUACAGCAUGAGUUGAAUGAAAUUGUCACUUCAUUAGGAGGGGAUUAUAUAUGGUCUUAUGAUAAUUCUUGCUCUCAUUUUGUUUUUAGUGGUAAGCCAAAUGAUCUGUCUAAAGAUUUCCGUGAAGCUAAGUCUGAUGGGAAGAAAAUUGUUUGUCCCGAAUGGGUUUAUGCGUGCCAAGAAAAAAAUUGCAUUUUAGAUGAAACCCUGUAUCCACACACAUUAAAACUGAAUAUGUCCCUUACUAAUGAAAUAUCUAUAGUCAAAAACAGUAGCAAUAGAAAAAGUACAGAAAAAGAAAAUAUUACUAUUGACGUAAAAACUCAAAAUAAAAAAGAUCCUGACUUCAAUAAGCAGUUAGAAGAACUUUUAGUGGCUGCUAAAUCCGAAAAGAAACGAAAUUCCAGGCGACUUGUAAGUUCUGUUUCCAGUAGCCCAACCACUGAAAUUUUAAGCAAAGUCCCACGACCUGUUUCGGACUCUUUUGUCAAACCUCUUUGCGUUGAAGAGAAUGCUAACACAGAAGAACACUCUGGCUCUCAACAGUUUUCCCAGCCAUACCCAAUUGUGUGGGAUGAUCCCACCGGACGGUUAGAGAGGGAAAAAAUUGCCGCCAUGAAUGCUAACACCAGAAAGUUUGAAAAUCUAUCUAAAUAUGAAGAAGAAAGCACGAGCAGAUCGGAACAAAUUUCUGACAAAAAAUUUGAAGAAGAGAGUGUUUUUGAAGAUGAAAAGCGUGCAGAAAUGAAAAGUGUUGUUGAAAGUGAGUUUUUGAAAAUUAAGAAGUUCAUGUUUACUAAUAUUCCAGAACCAAAGAAGUUAAAGUUCAUCGAAAUCAUUAGUGAUCUUGGUGGGGAGGUUUCAGACGAAAAAGUUUUCGAUUUGACUGCAACGCAUCUAAUAAUGGAGAAGCCAUUGAAAAAUGAAAAACUUUUGUCCAGUAUUGCGUCAGGAAAAUGGGUACUCCAUCCUCGAUAUCUGUUGGCUUCAGAAGAGCAAAAAAAGUUUCUAGCGGAAGAGGAUUUUGAGUGGGGUGGUUCGGCCACAAAUGAGUUUGCUCAGAACUUGCCAGCGAUGAGUAGAAAAAUUGCAAACUGUCCAUCCAGAUGGAGAUUGAAUCUAAGUUCAGAUAGCAGUAGAAAAGGUGCUUUCGAAGGCUGGAGUGUUGUAAUUAUUGCUGAAGACAAAGGAAAACAAGCAACUUACAAUAAAAUUCUCGGAGCUGGAAGCGCAGAAAUAAUUUCUUUCGAAGCAUCGAAUUCAUUCUUAGAUAAAAUAUCUCAUGUCAUUGUUGAUAUGAAAAAGAGAACAUUAUCCCAAAUCGACUUAAGUCCUUUUAUAUCUCAUAAUAUUUAUUGUAUCAAACCUGAAUAUAUUGCUUUUUACCUAAUUGAUGAUCCACCUCCAAAUGUCGAAAAUUUUGUUUUACCUGAGGCUAAAGAGUUGUUGAACAAUUCUUUGACGUCAUCAAAGCGACGAACUUUAAGUAUGACUACCAGAGGCAGUAAUAAAAGAAGUAGAAUAGCCUAAAAGCAAUUAAAAUAUUUUAGUUUUAUCCAUAAUUUCUAUAUUUAUUCUGUAAAUUAUUUUGUACAUAGCCAUAAUUUGUAAAUAUCGCACAAUUCAUAAAGAAUUAGAAUUUAUAUAAAUAAAACAUUUUUUGAUUA